UUCAGUGACUGGGCUACAAAUCAAAUCCAAAUCAAAACAUUGAAAUCGAAAUCGACAUUGUUGUGGUAUGUGUGUGUGACAUGUGUAAUGUGUGUUUGAGAAAAUAGAUUGUAAAUUUUGUCACCUGACCUUGAAAUCAUAAUCAUCUAAAUUAUUCAACAAAGCAAAACCAAAAUGACCGAUUUUCUUUUUCCUGGUGAAAGAUUACUUAAUGAAGUGAUGACCGAACAUCCAGGUGAAUUAGUUCGUACUGGAUCACCAAAUAUAAUCUGUUCGGCAUUACCAACACAUUGGCGAUCAAAUAAAACAUUACCGGUAGCAUUUAAAGUUGUUGCAUUGGGUGAAGUAAGUGAUGGUACUUUGGUUACCAUUAAAGCCGGUAAUGAUGAAAAUUGGUGUGGUGAAUUAAGAAAUGCAUCGGCUAUUAUGAAAAAUCAAGUUGCCAAAUUCAAUGAUCUUCGUUUUGUUGGUCGUUCUGGAAGGGGAAAAAGUUUUUCAUUAACAAUUACAGUGAGCACAAAUCCACCACAAAUUGGUACCUAUACUAAAGCUAUUAAAGUAACUGUGGAUGGACCUAGAGAACCAAGAAGUAAAUCAAGUCUAAUGAAUCAAUGUUGGCCAUUUCCUGGUGCACAACCAAAUCAUUUUCGGGCGUUUGCCAAUUCUUUUGUCCCACAUCCUCGCCAUGGACUGGAUCCAGGCCGAACUUGUCCAAUAACACCGUUACCAUGUUCUACUGAAUGGCGUUUAGCCGCAAGAGUUCAAGCUGAACAAUGGGUUUUACAAGCAGCUGCUGCAGCUGCGGCUGCCGAUCUUCCUCGUCGUUUUCCACGACCACCAUUAUCAUCAUCUUCGGUGCAAAACUCUUCGUCUACGUCGACAACCUCAACCAACACAACCAACACGACUACAAAUGUUACAACAUCCAGUUCGUCCGCUGCAUCACAAGAUCCGGCAGCAGUAGCUGCCGCUGCAGCAGCAGCAGCCAACAAUCCAUUAUGGUCUCAAUAUUAUGCUGCAGCUAAUUUACCUUUGUUUGCUGCUGCCGCAGUCAAUAAUCGACCAGCAGUGACUUAUGGUCCAAUGAAUGAAGGUGAAAUACAAUCGAACAAAUCCCCUUCAGCAAAUGGAAUCAAUGCCAAUAAACAGCCAUCAUCAAUUGAACAAAACAAAAAUGUCUCAUGGAAACAACAGUCCAACCAUCCUCAUCAUCAUCAUCAUCAUGGCCAACAACAAUCGGAUCAAUCUUCGCGACAUCACAAAGAAGGAUCCAAACCAAUAACAAGCCCAAAACAUGUAGCCAAAUUGAUAGAACGCAAUGGAACAGCCAACAACAACAAUACAAUGACCAAUGGUUCUAUGGAUAAUCUACUAACCGCCAAUACUGUCAAUUCUCGUUCAUUUCCUUCCGCUGCAGCCGCAUCACUUGAAUUGAAUGCAGAUCAAUUAGCAACAUCAUUCAUUCAUAAUAAUCAUCAAUUGGCUGCAGCAACAGCCGCAUUUCUUCAAUCGGCUACAUCGACACCAUUCUAUCCUCCUCCACAUCCACCAGCUGCUGCUAUUGUUGGCCGAUCAUCAUCAUCAACAAUCAACAAUUCAGCUAAUGGUCAUUCUAAUUGUGGCCAAAUCGAUUCUUUUCAAACACCAUCAUCACCACCCGCGACAGCAUCAUCCAUUCAUAGUUUACCAUCGAAUGUUAGUGCAUUUUUUUCACCACAUCCACAUACAGCAAUGUUGAUCGAUAAUAAUGAUGUUAUCAAAAAUUCAAAAGAUUCAAAUCAACCAAAAUCACCAAAAUCACAAGAAGAUGAUAGUGAAAUUGAAGAAAUUAAUGUGGAAGAUGAUGAUGAACUCAGCCAUUCUAAUAAUGAACAAAUUAAUGGUAUUCAUGAUCAAACCAACAACAACAACAAACGAUCAUUAGAUGAGAAUGAAAAAGAUAUUCAUCAGGAAAAUCGGUGUGAAAAUCGUAAAUCACCUUCAAUCGAAAUUGAAGAAAAUGUUGAUGAACACCAUGAUGAUGAUGACAAUGAUAAUCAUGGUUCAUUAUUAGCUAUGACCGAUGAUAAAAUUGUUGCCCAAUGUUUUGUAUUCUUUUUGGCUGGUUAUGAAACUACAGCUUCGACUUUGACAUUCUGUUUGUUUGAAUUGGUUAGCAAUCCAGCUAUCCAAGACAAACUAUACGAAGAAGUACGUUCUGUAUUGGACAAAGGGGAAGCGCUUGAUUAUAACAAUGUUAUGCGUUUGCCGUAUAUUGAUGCCGUUAUUUCCGAAACACUUCGUCAUCAUCCACCUGCAUUUGCAUUGACUCGUGUUGCUGCUGAACCAUAUUAUUUAGCCGAAUGUGAUUAUACAUUGAGAAAAGGAGAUAUGAUUCGUUUUCCAGUUUAUGCUAUUCAUCAUAAUCCUAAAUUCUUUCCCGAUCCUGAUCGUUUUGAUCCGGAACGUUUUAUGCCCGAAAAUCGUCAUAAAAUCACACCAUAUACAUAUUUACCGUUUGGUGGUGGUCCUCGUAAUUGUAUUGGGAUGAGAUUUGCAUUAUCCGAAGCUAAACUUGGCCUUGCAAGAAUGAUCAGUCAAUUUUCAUUUCAUAAAACACCGCAAACACCUGAUGAACUUCGAAUUGAAAAAAGUUUUAGUCUAAUGAAAACUGUUCCCGUUUAUGUGGGUGUACGUCGUCGUACAUAAUUAUUUUUCAGUCUUAUUUUGUUUAAUCGUAGUUUUAAAAAAACGUUGUUACUUCUUUCAUAGAAUAAAUCACGAGAUUUGAUUUUAAAAAAGAGA